AAUGUGCGUUGGUGCCCCUCAAGAUUACUGCCCCUUGCUUUUUUGCCUUGGAUUUUAAGAAGGAUCAAAACACCUGAAACAAAUUUAAGGGAAAGGAAGUAAAAAGCCUGCCCUUAAAUGGGAUUUUUCCUCUUUGAUUUAAUCAAAUCUGUCAUGCUGGCCAUCGCUGAGCUGUUUGGUUUGAGUCGCAUUGAAGACACCAAUGCAAAUGGACUUAAGAUAUUUGUUAAAAUGGUGUCUCGACAAGGUGCUGGACCAAAGACUGCCAAUAAUGUGGCAAUCAAUGUUCAGCCAGAGUGGUCAAUCAAGAAAGUCAAGGAGACCAUUGCGGAGAAGCUGAAUGUCAAUGCAGAAGAUUUGAAGAUUAUUUUUGCAGGCCACGAGCUGAGAAAUGACAUUCAAGUCAAGGAAUGUGACCUGGGACAGCAGAGUGUCCUGCAUGCUGUCCAGCUGGUUCAUCGUGUUUCUGGAGGUCCAGCAGAGCGGACAGCCUCAGAGAGUGAACCUCUCAACAAGACCAUCACCAAGAUUCUGGAUGGCCAGGAGCCUGAGCCAGCCACAGGUGCCGAGGGUGGCGGCGGCGGAGGCGAUGCCAGCGCAGAUGGCGGAUCAGCCACCCAGUCCAGCUUCUACGUGUUCUGCUCGCAGCCGUGCGGCGAGCUGCGACGCGGCAAGCUGCGCGUGCGCUGCGCCACCUGCCGCCAGGGGGCGUUCACGGUGCGCCGCGACCCGUGCUCCUGGGAGGACGUGCUGCGGCCGCGGCGGGUGCCGGGUACCUGUGACACAUCCGACUGCGAUGGAGAGUUCGCCGAGUUUUUCUUCAAGUGUGCGGAGCACGCCAGUCUCGGCGAGGGCGACGAGGCGGUGCCUCUGGACCUGGUACGGAACAACCUGAGGCACAUCCCGUGUCUGGCCUGCACCGACGUCUGUGACCGGGUGGUGGCCUACCCGUGCGCCGCCGGCCACGUCACCUGUCUGGAGUGUUUCGUCACCUACUGUCGCAGCCGGCUGGAUGAGCGCCAGCUGCUCAACGACCCCGAGGUGGGCUUCACGCUGGGCUGUCCGGCCGGCUGUCCGCAGUCGGUCAUCAGAGAGGUGCACCACUUCCGGAUGAUGGGAGACGAACAGUAUGAGCGCUACCAGCGGUUCGCCGCCGAGGAGUGUGUGCUGGCGGCCGGAGGCGUGCUCUGUCCCCGACCCGGCUGCGGGAUGGGUCUCAUCCCCGACCCCGAGUGUCGCCGCGUCCAGUGCCAACAGGGCUGUGAGUACGUGUUCUGCCGGGACUGUCUUCAGGGGUAUCACCUGGGCGAAUGUGACCCUGGCGGUGGCGUCGGUGCCCCGACUGCAGGUGGCGGUCGUGCGUUCGGUGUGGACGAGGUGGCUCAGGCGCGCUGGGAGGAGGCCACGCGUUCCACCAUCCAGGUCAUCACUAAGCCAUGCCCCAAGUGUCGCACGCCCACGGAACGAGACGGCGGCUGUAUGCACAUGAUCUGCCCGCGGACGCAGUGCGGCUUCCACUGGUGCUGGAUGUGUCAGACAGAGUGGACCCGGGAGUGCAUGGGCAGCCACUGGUUCGGAUAGCCAGGCGCGCCAUGCCGGCUCUACGCGGUGUGUGUCAGCGUGUGAAUGUGCUCAUCAUUUCCAUCAUUAUCAUACCGACUUCAGAGGCGGCGCCAAACUCCGUCACAAUUGGUGUGGUGCUGCCGGAGCGGACGGGUGGUGCUUCCGAGGCCGCUCUCCAGCAGACCGUCUCCUGGCUGAACGCCGAGGGCCGCCAGCUGCCGGAGACGCGGCUCGUGCUCGACUACCUCAGCGCCAGCCAGCCCACUCUGCGGCAUCAACUAUGCCGGUUCCUGCGCGGCCCGGUGGUGGCUCUCAUCUCCCUGGACAACUCGUGCAGCGUGGUCCAGCAGCUGCGCCGCCUGACGAGCGAGCUGGCCGUGCCCUUCUUUGUGGUCAACGGGUUCUACUGUCUGCCGCCAUCGGCCGACGGUGAUGGCGUGUUCCUCUCCAAGGCCGAACACCUGGACCUGGUGUCCCUGGUCACCGAGUGGAUGACGUCCACGAACAAACAGGGCGUCACCGCCGUCACAACCCGUGAACAGCCUCCGGACCGGGCGUUCCUGCUGUCGGCGCGUCUCUCCCACCUGUCCCAGGAGAUGGUCCGACCCGGCUCAGCGGACGGCGAGGUGCGCCGUCUGCUGCUGCGGCUGCUAAACACCCCUCGUCCGGACGCCGACUUUCUGCCGGCCAUGUGGGCGUUUGUGCUGCUGACGGAGCCGCCGCGACUGGCGGAGAUCCUCGACGAGGUGGACGCGGCCGGUCUGAUGACGGCCGCCUCGCCGUGGCUGGUGCUGGCUGACGGCUGGACGGACGGCGGCGUCACCCGACUGACGCUGCCCGCUGACGCCAACGUCACCGUGGCGCGGCGUCUGCUGGGCCGCCGACUUACAGCGCCGCUGGCCGCCAUCGCUCGACGGAUGGGACGACAGGCGCUGGACUCUGAGGAGACGUUCGCGGUCUCUGCUGUGCUGGCCGUGGCCGAGGCGCUGCAGGCCGGCUGGACAGACGGCUGGCUGCCUGAGACGGUGGCGGCUGUGGACAGUGUCUGCAGAGUGGAUCCUGCCCGGGCCGCCGCUGCGCCGGCGCUGAAUAACGCCAUACGGGCCCGUCUGACCGACUGGCGCGUGUGCCUCACCUGUCUCGAGUUUGAGCUGCUGGCCAGCAAGUACGGCCGUCCGGCUCCAACCGAGGCCGGCCCUGAGAGCGGCGUGGCCGUCGGACUGCUGCGGGCCGGACUGUGGAACGUAACCUGGGGACUGGACUUUACCUUUCCGGACCUGUUCAAAGACGCGCACCUCAUCAUGUUUACGCUGCCUUGGCACGGUAUGAUGGACUACGACGUGGACCCGAGGAGCGGCGCGCUGGUUAACCGCACCGGACUGGGGUUCCGCAUCAUGGACACACUGGCCGAGGAGCUCGGCUUCACGUACACUGUUGUGGAGCCGCCGGACGGCCAGUGGGGCCUGCGGCUGCCCAACGGCUCGUGGACGGGCCUGGUGCGGAUGCUGAUAGACGGCCGGGCAGACGUGGCCGGCGCACUGGCGCUGAACCCUGUCAGGCAGACGGUCAUCGAUAACACGCAGUCGUUCUACACUGACUACUACGACCUGCUGGCGCCCAAGGCCCGACUGGACCACGGACUGUUCAUCUACAAGGACCCGUUUACCGACGAGGUGUGGCUGGGCAUCUUUGUGACGAUGGUGGUGACGUCCCUGCUGCUGUACCUCAUGACUCGCGCCUCGCCGCACUACGGACCCCAGCCGCCCGGCGCCCGACGCCAGGGCCUGUUCCGCUUCACCAACUGCCUCUGGUACAUGUACGGCGCCACCAUCAACCAGGGCGGUGAACACCUACCCACGGCGCUCUCCGGCCGGCUGCUGGUCGGCUUCUACUGGCUGUUCACGCUCAUCUGCGUGGCCACCUACUCGGGCAACCUGAUCGCCACGCUGACCGUGCCGCGCGUGGCGCCCGUGGUGCGAGACGUGGACGAUCUGAUCUCGGGCGCCGACACGGGCUGGCUCACCAUGGCCGGCACCGACCUGCAGCAGGCCAUUGUGAACCCUGUGUCAGUGGUGAGCCAGGGCCUGGAGCGGAUGUUCCGCGAGGGCCGCGGACAGUUUUACGCCAACGUAGGCGACGCGCUGGCAAAGGUCAAGGGAGGCGGCUGGGUGGACAUCGCCUCUUCACUCGACGUCCGCUUCAUCGUCGACGAGGAUAUGCGCCGAGAGCUGUCUCAGAACCCCAACGCCAGCGACCCGUGCCAGCUGGACAUCAUUCCCGUACACCUCAUGGAGAUCACUGUGGUGUUCGGACUGCAGAAACGCAGCCCCUACAAGACCGCCUUCGACAGAUACCUGCGUCUGAUGCGGGAGUCGGGCCUGAUCCAGGCCUGGCUGCGCCAGUUCAUGCCGAACGCCAGUCAGUGUCUGCCGGAGCCGGGCGGCCAGGCGCGGCUGAUGCCGGCCGGCCAGACGGGCCUCUCGCUGACCGAGAUGCGCGGCGCGUUCCUGCUGCUGCUGAUCGGCCUGCUGGUGUCAGCCGCCGCCCUGCUGCUGGAGCAGCUGCUGCGCGCUCUCCGCGCCGCCUGCCGCCGCUCCCGGCCGCCCCCGCCCCCGCCGCCGGCCGACCGAGCCGCCAAGGUGACCGUGAUGAAGACUGGCUACCCGCCGCGCCAGCUCCACCCCGCUGAACUGGAGCCAGCGCUCACCUCUAUCAAGGAGCUGACCCAGGGCCUGGCGCGACUCAAAACCGCCCACCAUGGUCCGAUGGGUGGUGAUACGCACGGUGAGCGAUCGGUUCGACGCGAUAGCGACCUGCAUCGACAUACCGGUGGAAAUUGAACCGCAGACUGACCCCUCUCCCCACUGCAAGGCUCUAGGACUCUGCCAGGAUUCCCAUUUACUGCGACUCUGGCGUCGUGAAGGCUGAUAAUGCCGGCAGUGACGCUGUAUCGGGGAACAGCCCGCCGUUCCCUUACCCUACGCUGUUCUGUUACAGCACAUCCACUGUGAAAAUAUAUAAGUUGGCACUUUUCCACGGCCAGAUACAAUUCUGAACCAAACAUAUAGCUACGCACGAAGUCACCAUAUCUCAUUGGAUGCGUGGUUAGCGUGAAUGUGUUGAGCGGGUCUUAGCCAAGUGAUAUUUGUUGGGGCAAUAUAAUGUUUAUUGUUGGAAUGUGCCUUGCUGAAUCUGGUAUUGUGUGUCAACUAUUGCGAAUAUUACUCGUGCAAUUAUUGUGUUGUUUGAAUUUGCCGCUUAGUGAAUAGGGCCGGAAUUGAGUACCUGCCAUUCGAACCGGAGGUUUAGGUCUGCUCUGGGGGAUGCAGUUCUUUAUUAUGGCUGUAUUAUUUACCGCGCUCUGCUUACUUCUUUGAUGCUACCAGUUACUGGGCUCGAUUAGAUAAAUUUUGAAUCUGGGGGUAUUCUGUGGGGUCAUUAGGCGGCCAUUCGAUGCAGAAGCAACGAUAAGGCACAGGUAAUUGUUAAUUGUACGCCAGUUAUAAUGAUCUAGUGUUGGAUCAAUGUGAUGUGAUUGAGUGAUUUAGCUACCGCAUUAGUUUUGUUUGGUAGGGGUGUUUGCACUGGUCAGUUGUUAGCUGUCCCUUUCCCAACGAGCGGUGUUAUCGUUCAGUGCCUACCGCUCGUUGGAAUGACUGUGAUUCAGAGCUCACUUGUUACCACAGAUGUGAAAAUACAUGUAGGUAUGAUCGGU